UCUCCUAUUACUGCAUACCCCAUUCACCAACUAAAAUAUAUAUACCAUUCUACACUUUGAACUAAGUGUACAAUGGCGUUUCAAAUGGGGGCUUCUUUUCUUCUCAUCUUCUUCUCUCUCACAUUCAUCUCUAUGGUGAUUGCAACCCCUAACUAUAGGGAUGCCCUAGCCAAGUCCAUUUUGUUUUUCGAGGGCCAGAGAUCCGGGAGAAUCCCUAGAGGACAACAAAUUACUUGGCGGGGUAGCUCUGGACUCUCGGAUGGUUCGCUUGCUCAUGUGGACUUAACCGGAGGGUACUAUGACGCCGGAGACAAUGUGAAAUUCAACUUUCCGAUGGCCUACACCACAACUCUGCUAUCAUGGAGUGCAUUAGAGUAUGGGAAAAGAAUGGGACCUCAACUACAGAGUACACGGGAGGCGAUCCGGUGGGCCACGAACUACCUUCUCAAGUGCGCCAACGCCGCGCCUGGGCAGAUCUUCGUCGGCGUGGGCGACCCAAACGCCGACCACAAGUGCUGGGAAAGGCCGGAGGACAUGGACACUGUCCGAACCGUCUACUCCAUUUCGCCCAGCAAUCCCGGGUCGGACGUCGCCGGAGAAAUGGCCGCCGCCUUGGCCUCCGCCUCCUUGGUUUUCCGUAAGGUCGACCCGCUUUAUUCCCGGAAGCUUCUGGGGACCGCAGUCAAAGUGUUCCGUUUUGCAGUUCAGUACAGGGGUUCUUAUAGUGAUAAACUAGGUGCCGCCGUUUGCCCUUUCUAUUGCUCUUAUUCCGGUCACCAGGAUGAGUUGUUGUGGGGAGCAGCAUGGCUCUUAAGAGCAACCAAUGACGUUUCAUAUUACAACUUCAUUAGCUCCUUGGGAGCCAAUGAUUCACCGGACAUAUUCAGCUGGGACAACAAGUAUGCUGGUGCCUAUGUUCUUCUAUCCCGGAGAAGUGUGCUGGGAAAUGACAAUAGAUUUGCCCAAUAUAGGCAGCAUGCUGAGGACUUCAUGUGCAGAAUUCUUCCCAACUCCCCUUACUCUAGUACACAGUACACAAAUGGUGGUCUGAUGUACAAGCUACCACAAAGUACUCUUCAAUAUGUGACAUCUAUAUCAUCAUUGGUCACUACAUAUGCCAAAUACAUGGCAGCCACUAAACGUACCUUCAAUUGUGGAAGCCUCUUGGUUACUUCUAGCACUCUGCGAAGUCUUGCCAAAAGACAGGUGGAUUACAUUUUGGGUGAGAAUCCGAUGAAAAUGUCCUACAUGGUAGGAUACGGAACCAAUUAUCCAAGAAAAAUUCACCACAGAGGAUCAUCGCUACCUUCGAUAGCUGCACAUCCAGACUCUUUCGGAUGCGAAAGCGGGUUCCAACCCUUCUACUAUUCGUCAAAUGCUAACCCUAACAUUUUAGUCGGGGCCGUGGUCGGCGGUCCAAACCAAAACGACUUCUUCCCUGACGAUCGGACGGAUUACAGCCAUUCGGAACCUGCUACUUACAUCAAUGCUGCCAUGGUUGGACCUCUAGCAUAUUUUGCUGCAAGCUACCGUAGUUAAAUCAUAUCAAAUGUAAAAAUAUGCCCUUCCAAUCUUGUCCCUGAAAUAGUGAAAUGGGCAUGUAUCUGCCUAAGUAAAGUAUGGUGGGUCAAGGGCAUUUUAGCGAAAUUGAAGUAGUGCAGUACCAAUAUCUAUUUAGGAAACAGAGCCCGCGUUCGAAACUGCGUGGCUUGUGGCUACGUCGAUGCUUUAAACACAUUACACAUGCAACCAAGUUUAUUUA